AUGGUGGCCACCGGCAUAAUUAAGGACGCCAAGGCACCUCUCGACUCGACUGGUCCAAGUGUGUGUCGCGGUUGCCAGCAAGGAAAGGUGGUCCAAAAACCAUUCCCAACCAACCGUGACAAACGCCAAUAUGGUGUGUUCGAGUUGCUGCCCGUCGACAUCUGCGGGCCAAUGGAACAAGUCUCGAUCGGCGGCAGCAGAUACUUACUGCUUGUGGUUGACGAAGCCAGCGGUUGCAUGAAGGGCUUCUGUCUGCGGUCCAAGUCUGAGAGUGAAGACUGUAUCAAGAACCACAUUAUCAAGAUUCAAACUCAGUUCGGCACGAAGAUCAAGUUUGUUCGGCACGAUGGAGCGCAUGAGUUUGCGACCAACUCCAUCAAGACCUUCUACGAAGAUCAUGGUAUCGAGCAACAACAGAUCACGGUGCCGUAUGCACACCAGACCAACGGCACCGCAGAACGCGCGAUAAGGACCAUCGUCACGAUCGGACGCAGCUUGUUGCAUCAUGCAAAGCUGGAGAAGUGUUUCUGGGCUGAAGCGGCAAUGACGGCGAUCUACAUCAAGAACCGCCUGCCUUCACCCAAGAUCGACCACAAGACUCCGUUCGAAAUCGUGUACAAGUCGAAACCAAGUGUCAAGCACAUGCGCAUGUUUGGAUGUCGGGCGUUUAUCCUGACACCAAGGGAGAAGCGAUUGAAGUGGGACCCGAAGGCUCGUGAAGGGAUGUUCAUGGGCUACGAAGAAGCGUCAAAAGCUUAUCGAGUGUACGACAUUGAGGCGGACCAAGUGGUGAUCAGUCGUGACAUCACCUUCGACGAAUCGACUUUUGACUUUUCGAUAGACCGACCAAGUGACGAUGAUGAAGAUGCGGAGUUGGACCUCGACCUCCUGGCGAUCAACGAGGACGACGUGCGUCAAACCGUCUACAAGCAGACUGGCAAGUGCAAGAGUGAAGCAAGACCCGGCAUGUCACGUUCAGCUCGCCCCCGAACUGGGUUGGAACAAGCAAGUGCGCCGGCACACGUCUCCAACCGUCACCAGAAACGACGAUCAAGUGCUCCAGAAACGAUGUCUGAUGACGAAGAAGAUGCAAGCGUCUACGAUCAAGAUGACGACUCGACGCCUCCAACAUUUUGGCGUGCAAGUGCAAACGCAGUGGAAGCAACGGACCUAGCAGAACCUGUGACUUUUCAAGACGCGAUCAAUGGUCCUGAUCAAGCUCACUGGCGAAAUGCUGUGAAGGCGGAGCUCAAGUCGAUGCAUCUUCGUGGAGUUUUCCGUGCGGCAAAACUGCCAAGAGGCCAAGGCGCGAUCGGCACCAAGCGGGUAUUCAAGAUCAAGCGCAAAGCGGAUGGAUCGGUCGAGAAAUGCAAGGCGCGUCUCGUUGCCAAGGGCUUCAAGCAGAAGUACGGCAUCGACUACACAGAGACGUUCUCGCCCGUGGUCAAGUACGUGACACUGCGUAUGGUGAUCGCGAUCACCAAGUAUUUCGACUGGCCACUGGACCAACUCGAUGUGGUGACAACCUUUCUCUACGGAGUGAUGAAGGAGAAGGUGUACUGCGUGAUACCAGAAGGCGUCGAGAUGGAUGGCGACUUCGACUAUCUCGAGUUGGUGAAGGCGAUCUACGGUCUCAAGCAAGCUUCACGUGUGUGGAACGAUACUUUCGACGAGUUCGUAUGCUCUAUCGGUUUCGAAGCGUCGGCGUUCGACCCAUGUCUCUACAUCAAGGUUGUCGACGGUCACUGUGUGCUCGUGCUGGUCUACGUGGAUGACGUGUUGGUCACCGGCAGCUCGCUCGAGUUGAUUGCGCAGACGAAGGCCGACCUCAAGACGCGUUUCGAGAUGACCGACAGUGGCAAGUGUACUUUUGUACUGGGCAUCGAACUGGUGGACGAAUCGGAUGGCAGCGUGACGAUGUGCCAGCGACGGUAUGUCAACGACAUCCUCAAGCGCUUCGGCAUGGAUGAAUGCAAGGCCACAGCAAAUCCGGUCGACUUGAGCACUCGGCUUGUCGCAAGCAGCGAAGCGGCCAAGAUCGACGUUCCGUUUCGUGAAGCUGUGGGAGCUUUGAUGCACUUGACGACUGCGACGCGCCCGGACAUCGCGUAUGGUGUGGGGUACGUCUCGCGCUUCAUGGAGAAUCCGCAGCAAGAACAUUGGACGGCGGUAAAGCGCAUCUUUCGUUACUUGCAAGGGACCAAGUCGCACGGACUCCGCUUCCAGCCAAGCGACAAGAUCGAAUUUCGUGGCUACUCGGACGCGGACUGGGCCGGCGACCACGCUGAUCGCAAGUCGACUUCGGGUUACACUUUCAUGCUGAUGGGUGCUCCUGUGAGUUGGGAAAGCAAAAAGCAGUCAAGCGUGUCACUGUCGACAAGUGAAGCGGAAUACAUCGCCCUGAGUCUGGUCAUCCAGGAAGGCAAGUGGGUGCGUCGCCUGCUAUGCGAGAUUUUGGCGGCCGCAAACGAACCAGUACCGGACCUCGUCAUCCGUGAAGACAACCAGUCAUGCAUCAAGAUGACUAAGAAUCCAGUGAAUCAUGGUCGCGCCAAGCACAUCGACAUCAAGUACCAUCACAUCCGUGAUGAGGUCAAGCGCGGUGAAGUGAAGCUCGAGUGUUGCGAGACUUCCGUGAUGAUGGCUGACAUCAUGACCAAAGGACUUUCUGGACCUCGUCACAAGGACUUGACGACGGCUCUCGGCAUUAGUGCGAGUUCGGAUUGA